AUGUCGCGAAAGCAAGCCGACCAUGACUACAACCUCCGGAGUAUGAGCAACCUGAUGGGGGAGCGGUGGAGGAAAGUGAACGAUGGCGGGGAGAGGAGUCUCAUCAAAGCUCCGUCUUCAGCAAGCAUCAGCAGCACCACAGCCCCGGGUGCGCCCUCCUCCUCCUCUUCUAACCCUGCCGCUGGAGCUUCUUCCACGGCCCCAGCCACGACCUCCACCGGGGACCUGGAGAGAGCCGCGCGUAAACAGUUCACCCAAGAUGUCACUCCCGGGUUCGUGUACGUGCUGGCCGUGUUUUCAGCGCUCGGGGGGUUUCUGUUCGGGUACGACACCGGGGUGAUCUCCGGAGCCAUGCUUUUGCUCAAACGGGAGCUGGGUUUGAGCGCGCUUUGGCAAGAAGUGCUCAUCUCAAGUACAGUCGCUGCUGCCGCUCUGUCUGCGCUCAUGGGCGGCUUUCUCAACGGGCUGUUCGGGCGCAGGGUGUGCAUUCUCCUGGCCAGCUUCUUCUUCACGAUCGGAGGGAUUGUACUGAGCACUGCGCCCGGAAAAGAGGUGCUUUUGGCGGGAAGGCUCAUCGUUGGAGUUGGCUUAGGUAUUGCGUCCAUGACUGUGCCUGUGUACAUCGCCGAAGCUUCUCCUCCUCACCUUCGGGGGCAGCUCGUCACCGUGAACACACUUUUCAUCACAGCAGGACAGUUCACCGCCAGCCUCAUUGACGGAGCCUUCAGCUACCUGCAGCGUGAUGGGUGGAGGUACAUGCUGGGUCUGUCUGUUAUUCCAGCUGUGCUCCAGUUCAUGGGGUUUCUGUUUUUACCGGAGAGUCCUCGGUGGCUGAUCCAGUGCGGUCUCACCCAAAAGGCCAGACGAGUCCUGAGUCAGAUCAGAGGAAACCAGAACAUCGAUGAGGAAUACGACAGCAUCAAGAACAGCAUCGAGGAGGAGGAGAAGGACAGCGGAGGAGAGGGCCCGGUGAUUUGGAGAAUGCUGACCUAUCCUCCAACACGACGCGCUCUCAUCGUGGGUUGUGGACUUCAGAUGUUCCAGCAGCUUUCAGGAAUCAACACAGUCAUGUACUACAGCGCAACUAUCCUGCAGAUGUCAGGGGUGAGGGAUGACCGACUGGCUAUCUGGCUCGCUGGACUCACCACGCUCACCAACUUCCUGUUCACUCUGCUCGGCGUGUGGCUGGUGGAGAGGGUGGGACGGCGAAAACUCACUCUGGGCAGUAUCAUAGGUACCUGUCUGAGCCUGAGUCUGUUGGCGAUCGGCUUCCUCCUGUCAGCACAGCACAGUCCUCCAGUCACUUUCCACCCUCUGGACCCGGCCAUGGCCAACUCCACCUGCAACAAGUACCAGCUGUGUGAGCCGUGCAUGCUGGACCCUGGCUGUGGUUUCUGUUAUCGUGAGAAUGGCUCUGCUCUGCUCACCUCCUCCUGCGUCCCAGUCAAUAAGGCGUCCACGGAGCACGCGGCGUGGGGCAGAUGCUCAAAUGUAAGCCAGAAGGACCACGCGUACUGGGCCUACAACUACUGCCCCACCUCGUACUCUUGGCUGGUUCUGUUGGGUCUGGUGCUGUACUUGGCUGCUUUUGCUCCUGGUAUGGGCCCGAUGCCGUGGACCAUAAACUCAGAGAUCUACCCUCUGUGGGCGAGGAGCACGGGUAACGCCUGUGCGGCCGGAGUCAACUGGACCUUCAACGUUCUGAUGUCCCUCACGUUCCUGCACCUGGCCCAAUAUCUCACCUAUUACGGAGCGUUUUUCCUGUACUCCUCUAUGGCUCUGCUUGGUCUGAUCUUCAUCUUCGGCUGCCUCCCUGAAACCAAAGGACGUCGCCUGGAGGAGAUCGAGGCCCUGUUUGAAAACCAGCUGUGCUCCUGCGGCGUUUCCGAUUCUGACGAGGCCAGACAGGUGGAGUACAUCCGAGUCAAGGGGUCAAACUACCACCUAUCUGACAACGAUGCCUCUGACGUGGACUAG